CAGGCGGCGCCAUAUAGCCUCAGCUGCUGAGUGCGUCGUAAAGCCUCAAUGACGCACGAGGUGAAAAUCCCGUCAGGAUGUUCGCAGCACGCCAUUGCACCACACUACAAGAGAAAAAUCCUACUCCUCGCCAAUCAUAGUGUUCACGAGCCAGCAGGACUGCUGGCGAGGUCACACGCGUGGGUUUUCAACGCUAGACUGCAUUUCAAGAUGGCCGGGUAGACGUGGAACCGUACGUACUUUAAGAGGUGGACAACACGAGUACGGUUUGCUACGGUGAACCGUGUGCGGACACCACACCAGUGUGUGACCAGUCGGACUGAACAUAAUCAAAAAUCCUACCAAUUUAAGCACGGACCCUCACGUCAACCUAUACACUAGAGCGCUCGGACGCUCGCCCACGACGUCUCCGCGGCACGCGCAGUACAACAGAUGAUCUCUCCGGCCCCCACGCACGUUUUGUGUUCGGCUAGGAGGGUUGCGCCAUUUACGUAUUUCUUGCGCCGGCGGUUUAACGGCGGUGAGCUGGAAAGGUCUGCGCUGGAGUUUCCCGGAGAGCUGUGGUCCGGCGUUUUCGCGUAGGGUUCUGCAGUUCAUCUGCGUGGUCAUCAGUGACCUGGCACCCGACCCCCAGCCGCCGUCAUGUCUGUGAUGUUCGCGCCGGCGACGCCGGCGCAGCAGCAGCACCAGCGCGUCGCUGGCCGCCCGCCGCCCAAUGCCCAGCAGAUCCAGAAGCUACUGGAUGAGAACAGCCAGCUGAUCCAGACCAUCCAGGAGCUGCAGAACAAGGGCAAGCUACAGGAGGUGCACCAGUUCCAGCAGGUGCUGCACCGCAACCUGGUCUACUUGGCCUCCAUCGCGGACUCAAGCCAGAACAUCCAGAGCCUUCUGCCACCGCCGCAGCCGCCGGGCGCCCAGCCGGGCGUGGCGCCGGCGGACGCCGCUGGCCAGCGCGGCCCGCAGUACGGCGCCGGCUACCCGCCCCAGAGCCCGGGCAUGAUGGCCAGCCGUCACCAGGGCCAGUACCGGCCCCAGCAGGGCUACCCGCCCCAAGCACAGCAGGGAUACCCACCACAACAGGCGGGCUACGGUUACGGCGGCCAGGCGUCCAGCUACGGCGGCGGCUACCAGCCGGGCUACCAGGGCCAUCAGAUGUACGGCUACGGCCAGGCGGGGCCGGGCGGCGGCCAACAGGCGCAGCCUCCGCCCGGCCAGUACGGCCAGUACGGCCAGCCGUACGCGGCCGGCGCGCAACCAGGCCAGGCGUACCACUACCCGCACCACGGGCCGGCCGCCGGCGCACCGCCGCAGGGCCAGUACCCGCCGGCAGCGCCGCCGCACGCACCCUACUAUCAGACGCCGGGCGCGCAGCAGUACCCCGGCUACCACCACCAGCAGUACCAGUACCGUCCGGGGACGCCAGGCGCGCCGCCAGCCGGUCAGCCGGCUCAGUACGGCUACCCGCCCUACCAGCACUGA